AUGACGGGUCCCAUGGAGAUUCCGGUGAUCGAUCUCGGCGGCCUCAACGGCGGCGACGAGGAGAGGUCGCGGACCUUGGCGGCGCUCCACGACGCCUGCAAGGACUGGGGCUUCUUCUGGGUGGAGAACCACGGCGUGGACGCGUCGCUGAUGGACGAGGUCAAGCGCUUCGUCUACGGCCACUACGAGGAGCACCUCGAGGCCAAGUUCUACGCCUCCGACCUCGCCAAGAGCCUCGAGACCCACGACGUCCCCACCGAAGGCGAAGGCGAAGGCGAGGAGCCCUCCGACAAGGUGGACUGGGAGUCCACCUACUUCAUCCAGCACCGCCCCAAGAGCAACGUCGCCGACUUCCCGGAGAUCACGCCGCCGUGCAGGGAGACGCUGGACGCGUAUAUCGCCCAGAUGGUGUCUCUGGCGGAGCGCCUGGGCGAGUGCAUGAGCCUCAACCUGGGCCUCCCCGGCGGGCACGUCGCCGACACCUUCGCGCCGCCGUUCGUGGGCACCAAGUUCGCCAUGUACCCGUCGUGCCCGCGCCCGGAGCGGGUGUGGGGCCUGCGCGCGCACACCGACGCCGGCGGCAUCAUCCUGCUCCUCCAGGACGACGUCGUGGGCGGGCUCGAGUUCCUCAGGGGCGGCACCGACUGGGUCCCCGUUGGCCCCACCAGGGGCGGAAGGCUCUUCGUCAACAUCGGGGACCAGAUCGAGGUGCUCAGCGGCGGCGCCUACCGGAGCAUCGUGCACCGCGUCGCGGCCGGGGACCAGGGCCGCCGCCUGUCCGUGGCCACGUUCUACAACCCCGGGCCCGACGCCGUGGUGGCGCCGGCGGCCAGGGGAGGACGCCGACGCGGCGGCGGCGCUGGCGUACCCCGGCCCCUACAGGUUCGGGGACUACCUCGAGUACUACCAGGGCACCAAGUUCGGCGACAAGGACGCCAGGUUCCAGGCCGUCAAGAAGCUGCUCUGUUUACCGGAGCUAGCUUAGUUCGUGGAUUAUGCGUUGCGUUGCGUUUCGAUUUCGGGCUUGCUUGUUGUUUAUCCAUUGUCUGCAUAGUAUGCACGGGGUCACGUGUUUAA